CGUGUGAAAUUGGCUGCUACUUAAGCAAGCAGAACACUUGUGCAACACAUUUGCUUGUGGACUGGAGCAGGAGAGAAGCCCAGGGAUUCAUUACCCUGGUCUGCAGAGGAGACAGGAGCACCAUGAGCACCGCAGGAAAAGUCAUAAAAUGCAAAGCUGCUGUGCUAUGGGAGACAAACAAACCUUUCUCCAUUGAGGAGGUAGAGGUCGCACCCCCUAAGGCCCAUGAAGUUCGUAUUAAGAUGGUGGCCACAGGAAUCUGUCGCUCUGAUGACCAUGUGGUUAGUGGACACAUAGUGUCCCCUUUUCCUGUGAUCCUGGGCCAUGAGGCAGCUGGCAUUGUGGAAAGCAUUGGAGAAGGGGUGACUUCAGUAAAACCAGGUGAUAAAGUCAUCCCGCUGUUUAUUCCCCAGUGUGGAAAAUGCAGAAGUUGUAAACACCCAGAAAGCAACCUCUGUGUGAAAAAUGAUUUGUCAGGGAAUCCGGGCAAACUGCAGGAUGGCACCACCAGGUUCACCUGCAGAGGAAAGUCCAUCUACCACUUCGUGGGUACCAGCACCUUCUCCCAGUACACAGUGGUGGAUGAGAUCUCCGUGGCCAAAAUUGAUGCAGCCUCACCUCUGGAGAAAGUUUGUCUCAUCGGCUGUGGAUUUUCUACCGGCUAUGGCUCUGCAGUCAAAGUUGCCAAGGUCACCCAGGGCUCCACCUGUGCUGUGUUUGGCCUGGGUGGAGUCGGCCUCUCUGUUAUCAUUGGCUGCAAAGCAGCAGGAGCAGCCAGGAUCAUAGCAGUGGACAUCAACAAAGACAAAUUUGCAAAGGCCAGAGAGGUGGGUGCCACUGAGUGUGUCAACCCUCAAGACUAUGACAAACCUAUUGAGGAGGUACUCCAAGAAAUGAGCAACGGAGGUGUGGAUUUCUCCUUUGAAGUCAUUGGUCGGCUUGACACCAUGGCCUCUGCCUUGCUCUGCUGUGAUAAGUCAUUUGGUGUGAGCGUCAUUGUAGGAGUCCCUCCUGGUUCUCAGACCCUCCCCGUGAAUCCCAUGCUGCUAUUGACUGGACGCACCUGGAAAGGAGGCCUUUUUGGUGGCUUUAAGAGCAAAGAUUCUGUCCCCAAACUUGUGACAGAUUUUAUGGCAAAGAAAUUUCCACUGGAUCCAAUAAUAACCAAUGUUUUACCUUUUGAAAAGAUAAAUGAAGGCUUUGACCUGCUUCGCUCUGGAAAGAGUAUCCGCACCAUUCUGUCAUUUUGAGAAGACACCUUCUCUCCUAUCAGCCCCUGACUCCUCCACACCAGAUCAUCUGAAUCACCGGGCAGACAACAUUAUCAGCUAUUUUUCAGCAAUGUGAUCAAUGCAUUUCUAUUGCACUUGUUAUUGGUGUUUGCUUUAUGGAUACCAUGAUUCUAACAAGUUUCUUUAAGGAAUAAUAGAGUAUUUUAAACUUAUAACACUUAGAUCACUCACAAAACCAAAACUAUACCUUAAUUUUGUUAUAUGUAUUUUGAUUUUGGUGACACAAUUUAUGUCUCUUUAUAUUUUAUAACCUUUAGCAAAUUAUUGACUGAUGUUUUCAACACCCCUGUCUUUAUGCUUCAUAAUACUAUUUGCACAAACAAUAAUUAUUAUAACAAAUAAUUAUCAAUAAAGCACACUUUGUAGACUA